AUGAAUUUUAGUUUGAGAAGACAUAUGCGCCCUAGGCGCUUCUUUGCUAGGCGAGAAGCCAAGACAAUUCUCACAAGAUCACUCUUAGGGUUUGAUAUCAAUAUGCCUCCAGAUGGACUGAUGAAGAAGCCUGUACGGCUGCUCUAUCACAGGUGUUGUAAUUCAGAACUAAUUGCAGUGGCCGGCGGAACCAGCGGUCUCGGUCGUGCCAUCAUUGACGCCCUGAAGUCAGAUGGAAGUUACGAAGUCCUUGUUCUGAGCCGAAGGGAUAACAAGAUUCGCGUUCUCAAUGCCAACAACUACUCCGAUGUAGACCAGCUCCAGACUUUGCUUGACCGAAACGGAAUUCAAGCAGUGAUUUCAAUCUUCAGUGGACCCUUGGGUUCCCCAGGAGAGCCGAAGCUUAUUGAAGCUGCUGAACAUUCGAGUACGACGAAGAGAUUCAUACCUAGCUUAUUCAGCGGCUUGCCCUUCACUGACGAACACUCUAAUAACCCUUUCCUCGCCUCACACGUAGCAGAAUUUGCAGUGAUCCACCCAGGCAUUUUCAUGGACUAUUACGUUCCACUGCCCACACACGUGGCAGUUCUGCCAAUCACGGUCUCCCUGUCCGCUAAAUAUGCUGCGAUCCCAGGCUCUGGGAAUGUUCCAGUGUCGUUUAGACAUACUUCCUCAACCGGCAAAUACCCGUCGCGUCUUUUGGCCAAACCGCCAGGGACAUGGCAGAAACGGUACUUCAUUUUGGAGGACAAUCGAACUUGGAAUGUGGUUGUUGCAUUAGCAGAGAAACAUAUGCGAGUCAAAUUUGAAGUCGUAUAUGAUAGUUUAGAAAAGACGAAUAUGGGGGAAAUAAGUCAAAUCCCCGGGAUAGAGGUUCUUUACGAGUCUUUCGGGGGUGGGGGAGAAGCGAGAAGGUUCAUGAUGGGGUGGUUGGCGGGAUAUGCUCAAUGGAUGGAGAAAGGACAUUUCUGGUAUCAGCAGGGGCCGCUUUUAAGUAAGGAAUUUAACGAUGUAAUUGAAAAGCUAACUUUUAAGAAGGUGUGGGAGAUAGCGGGAAAUGAAAGUUUUGUAUUGCGAGCAACGUGA